UUUCCUUGCGUUUCAAAGGCUCUACCUCCGCGAGCAAAUUAAAAGGAUAGAGAGCAAUUUGUGCCGUGCGCUUUCUUCCUCGAGGGCUUUUGAUGGAAGCAGAUAAAGGUAAAGUAUGUGUUACAGGAGGUACUGGAUUCGUAGCUUCAUGGUUGAUCAUGAGGCUUCUUCAGCAUGGAUACUCUGUCCACACCACUAUUAGGCCUGACCCAGAACACAAGAGGGAUGUUAGUUUCUUAACAAGCCUGCCAGGAGCGUCCGAGAAACUCCAAGUCUUCGAAGCUGAUAUGAGUGUCCCAGAAAGUUUUGAAGCGGCUAUUAUAGGAUGCAUCGGUGUGUUUCAUGUAGCUACUCCUGUCGAUUUUGAAAACAAAGAACCUGAGGAAGUGCUUGUCAAAAGAACGAUUGAUGGAACAUUAGGGAUCUUAAAAGCAUGCUUGAACUCCAGGACAGUGAAGCGAGUUGUGUACACUUCCAGUGCAUCAGCAGUUGAGUAUAGUGACAAGGUUGCGGACACAAUGGAUGAGAGCUUUUGGAGUGAUGUGGAUUACAUUAAGUCCUUUAAGUCUUAUUUUGUUCCUUACAAUAUUUGCAAGACAUUAACAGAGAAGAGAGCCCUCGAAUUCGCAGAAGAACAUGGAUUGGAUCUUGUAACAGUAAUUCCUUCUUUUAUUGUUGGUCCCUUUAUUUGUCCUAAGUUCCCUGGUUCAGUGCACACAGCACUGGCUAUGACACUGGGUGAGAGAGAGCAAUAUGUUUUUCUGCUCAAUGUAUCAAUGGUGCACACAGAUGACGUGGCUAGAGCGCACAUAUUUCUUUUUGAAUAUCCUGAUGCAAAAGGGAGGUUCAUUUGCUCUUCACACACCAUAACCAUUGAAGAGUUGUCUAAAUUUCUUUCUGCCAAGUAUCCAGAGUUCCCAAUACCAAAAGUGGAAUCUCUGAAGGAUAUUGAAGGCAAAAAACUCCCAGGAGUGUCUUCAAAGAAACUAUUGGACUCUGGUUUUGAAUUCAACUAUGGGCUAGAUGAGAUGUUUGAUGAAGCAAUUCAAUGCUGCAAAGAGAAGGGCUACCUCUAGUCAUUUUAGGAAUAUAGUUGCCCGUGUAUAUGCUGUUUACUGAAUGCUAUCGAUGCUUAAUAAAUAAUGGCAAUGAGGAUUGCAGAGGAUGAUGGUUCCAUCAAUCCAAGAAAUCUGUGUCCAUAAUCUGGAAGUUAUUACAUAAUAGAAUGUUGCUUUGAUCACAA